AUGCCACCCUCCCGCUCCAGUGUAACGAGCGACAGCCAUGAGCGCCUCGAGCCACGACUCCUGCGCGCCGCAGAAUCAAAUGAUGUUGACUCCCUCAAAAAGACAAUAGCCCUCGCCCAAGAGUGCAAUCAAUUAACCGAUAACUUCCUCCGCAUCGGACUAAUGCGCAGCGCAGAACGAGCAUGCAUCGCUGCAACAGAAUGUCUCCUUACACUCGGCGCAAAAACAGACGUACCCUCAAAUCGCGCCUCACCACUCCUCCGCGCCGUCGAGCGCGAUCACUACGAAAUAGUCCGUCUCCUUCUCGACCACGGGGCGAGCCCAGACUCAGCCGAUAAAGAGGGUCGCACGGCCCUGAUGACAGCUGCGUGGAAGAAUCACGCUGAUAUUCUGCAUCUACUCAUUCUCCGCGGCGCGGACGCGUGCAAGCGCGAUCUGCGCCGUCGGAAUGUAUUGCAUAAUCUCGCGGCUGAUCAGGCUUGUCGGUGGGGGUGGGGGGAUGAGAUUGUGAGGAUGUUAUUGAAGACAAAGUGUCCUCUCGAUGGGGAUGAAGGACAAGAUGAGCUUGGGCGAACGCCAUUGCAUUGGGCUUGUGCUUCGGGGAAGUGGAGGUUGGCGGAGAUGUUGCUGACGAGGACUGGGGAGGGGGAGGGGGAUGAGCGGAGGCCAGCGGAGGUUGAUGCUGUUGAGCUGCGUGGUAAGACCGCGUUGCAUAUUGCCACAGCUCACGACCGGGCGGAUAUCGUGCAACUGUUGCUUACGCACAAGGCUGCCGUCAAUGCUGCAAGUGACGGUGGAUGGACGCCGCUUCAUAAUGCCUGUGAUAAGGGGUGUGAGGCUAUUGUUCGGAUUUUGAUCAACGAAGGCGCACAGAUCAAUGCACAGCUUUUAAAUGGUAUUACGCCGCUGCAUCUUGCUGCCCAGGGGGGUCAUAGCGAGGUUGUAAAGUGUCUUCUCGAGAGGCCGGAUCUGAAGCGGAGGGUUAGGGAUAAUUUUGGCAGUACACCGUUUCUGCGCGCGGCGCAAUUCAAGCGCAAGGAUAUUGUGCUCCUGCUUGCGCCGUUUAACAAUGUUGAGAGUCUGUCUGAUGAUGUCAAAGAGGCUUGUGCUGCUUUCGACGCUACUGUUGUUGAUUUUGGAAACUUUCAUAAUGAGAAUCGGGUUAAGCGCAUGUCGGUGUUUAAUCUACUUUAUGGGAGGGAUCAGGAGAAUCCUAGGAAACAGGCUGUUACCACUGUGCCAGCUGAUAGUCGUGCGACUGAUUUCCGGUGGAUUCACUUGCCGGCGAAUAAUAUGGCCUGGGUGGAAGCCCUGCUCACCAAGUCUUUUAUUGAGGAGGGAGCCCACGAUGUUGAUGGAUUCAAAGGACUAGAGAAGUCUUUUAACUAUCAACAUCGGGGUCAAAGGACUCACUCGCACUUUAUGCGGCCAUUGUGUCAGAACACGCCUCGGACAAUGUUGCGGCGAUAUGAAGAAGAGACUUCGGAGGAGCCUGUGUCUGAUCAUGGGCAAGUGAAGGCUGUGGAUAAUCCUGCCCGCAAGCAAAAAGGCACAGGUGGCAAGCCCGACAAGGCGGAUUCUUAUUUCCCCGAUGAAGGGCAUGGGAAAAAAGGCAAAAACAAUCCAAAGCGUGGCAAGUCUGGUAGCGCACCGGGAACUCCCAAGCAGCAGGAGACGAAAGGGAAGUCACAGUGGGGCCAGAGUGAGAAACAGGCGAAAUCAUCGCCAUUAUAUGCAUCGAGCUUUUGUAAAGAUCCUCACCCUCUGGUUUCUGCAUGCAAUGUCUGCGUAUUCAUGCCAUAUCUACACUUUGAGACUGCGGAACGCAGACAGCAGAUGCAGGAGGCAAUCUCACGAGCAGAAACGCUGGAGUUUGUAUCCAAUGGGAUAAAGAGAACGCGCACAAGAGACGUGUUGCUUAUCGACGCCCAUCUGUCAUCCUCAACGACCUCCCUCCAUGUCCGUCGAACACUGGAUCAGUUUUUCUACCCAAACAUCGAUACCCAGAGCCGUGAUCAGGAUCAAGUCGUGUACCGGUACCAAACAAAAAGCCCCGGAAUGGGGGUGGAACCCAAGAUAUUCAUGGUUGAUCAACUGUGGAUGUGGGUUCUAGGCACGAAUCUGAUUGUAACAGCCUUCCCGCAGAGAUGGGAUCAGCCCAAGAAUGACCCGCUCAACGUUCUGGAUGGGAUUAUUGAAGAUAUCAAUUCUAAGACCCGAGACCCUGUCAAAUCCGUCUAUGAUCUAGCUAUGAUAAUCACAAAUCGAUGUUCGGGCGUCUUCGAUCGACAUCGCUUGGGUGACGAGGAGUACCAGUUCCUAGAUAUGUUCGAGUCGUCUAUUGGUAUAGCUACGGACAAAGAGACCGUGCUGUUUAACCAAUUCAACCAUGCUUCCGGACAGGCAUCGGACUGGCUGAAAAGCCACCGGAAACUGAACGGUUCCUAUAGUUCUCCGCCAAAGUCCGGCAAUGGCAUAGACGACGAUCAAAGCAGCAAAUACUGCGACGAGGAUGGCCAGCCACUGUUUGUCGACCGACUCCUAGAUAUCGGUCAGGAAACGAAUCUAUUAGCCGAGACAAAGGACAUCCGAGACGAGCUGAACAUGAUUCGGACGGUGCUGGAACACCAGAACAACGUAUUGCUUGACUUCCAAGAAGUCAUCUGCGAGACCUACCAAGGCCAGCACCGAUCACAAUUCGAGGUCAAGAAACGAUUCAAAGACCAACAGCGCAUGAUCGACAUGCACCUGAAGGACAUUGACCGCAUGGAUAAACAGGCUGAGCGCAUCUACCACUCCAUCACCGAUCUGCUCGAUCUCAAGCAAAAACACGCCAAUGCCUUUGAAGCACGUUUUGCCCGUGAUCAGGCUGCUGGUACAACCCGCCAGGGAAAGACAAUUAUGGUCUUCACUAUUGUUACUAUCAUCUUUCUGCCAUUGUCGUUUAUUGCCUCCAUCUUCACGAUCAACUUGAAAGAAUUCGAAAAUUUGAAUCUCGGCUAUGUGUCAAAGUAUACCUUUGGUAUUGGUUUUGCAAUUUCCAUCCCACUUGUCUGGCUCGCUCUCACGGUUGAUGAUAUUGGUGGUUUCUUCCGUGUGGGCAGCCGGCGCUGGCGGUCUAGCCGGGAGAAGAUGCUUGCGAAGAGUGAACGGCUUGCGAAAAGCGAACGUGGUGAGGAAACGCUCCAGGCUUUGGAGAUGGAGAAAAUGAUAAGUCUUUCGCGUAUGCGGAGGAGCAUCGACGCUGGAUAUGGUGGUAAUUUGUUACCUGUUUCUUCACGCGGCACCGGGGCGUCGAGGCGGCCUGAUUUAUAUGUCGGUGGAUUAGGAAAUGGCAGUGUGCGAAAAAGCUACGAUUUGCGGUCCAGUCAGGACUACAGAUCACGAUGA